AGUGAAGAAGUGAACAAUGGCAGCAAUGAAGCUUCUACUCUCUCAAGCUCGCCGUCAAGGUCUUACCAAACCCUUUUCAUCUCCAUUUCCACAAAUCCCGAGGCUCUUCUCUUCCUCUCAAUCAUCUGAUUCGAAUCUAAAUCCGCCGCCGAAUGAAUCCCGCAAAAAACUCGAGCCAGUGUCGUACGCCGCCAAACCCAAGGAUCAGAAAUCUGAAACCUCCGAUGUCGCUUCUCCUCCACUAUCUGCGAACCAGGAAGAUCGUUCGAGCUGGACGCGAGAAGAAAUCCGAUACGUGAAAGACGCUCCUUCAAUCAGUCCCGUUUCUUACGCUCAGCGCGUGGCUCCGCUUCCGGAGGAUCGCGUCGCCGGUGAGGACGAGGGAGAGAGAACUCCGGAGGAGAUGGAGAGGGAGAGGAAGAGGAUUGAAUCAGAGAAUCGGGCUAGAAGAAGGUUUUUGAGAGCUACUGCUGUGGAAGAGGAUACUUCUUCUCUUCCUUUGCCAACAUUGCUUAAACCAGAGUUGAAGCAUGGAAAGAAACCUAUUUUCGAUCUCAUGGAGGCCAUUAGAGAGAUUAAGUCCAACGCCAAGGCGAAAUUUGAUGAAACUCUUGAGGCGCACGUGAGGUUGGGCAUUGAAAAAGGCCGAUCUGAGCUGAUAGUUCGUGGUACUUUGGCUCUACCACAUUCUGUUAAAAAGGAUGUGAAAGUGGCUUUCUUUGCUGAGGGAGCUGAUGCAGAGGAUGCAAGAGCUGCAGGAGCUGAUGUCGUCGGUGGUCUUGAGCUUAUUGAGGAAAUCUUGAAAAGUGGCAAGAUCGACUUUGACAGAUGUCUUGCAACUCCGAAAAUGAUGCCCCGUGUUUACAAGAUAUCAAGGAUCCUUAACAAUCACGGUUUGAUGCCAAACCCCAAACAAGGUAGUGUGACCAAGGAUGUGGCGAAAGCAGUGAAAGACGCAAAAGCUGGACAUACAAAAUUCAGAAUGGAUAAAACUUCGAUUCUUCAUGUGCCGCUUGGAAAGAUGAGCUUUCCUGAGGAUGCUUUGCGAGAGAAUGUUGGUGCAUUUAUGAACGCCCUUUUGCUGGCUAAGCCUGCCGGAUUGAAAAAGACUUCCAAAUAUGCAGGUUAUGUGAAUGCAUUCCACUUAUGCAGUACGAUGGGAAAGGGUUAUCCGGUAUCGAUUCAAUCGUUAUCUAGGGCAGCGGAUCACUAUACCAAAUUGCAGCUCAAAUGAGCAGUAGAGUCAAAAGAUAAAAGCUUGUCGCAGUGUUUUCAUUUCCAGGAAACUGUUUCCGAAUGCUGAAUCUUUGAAACAUUUUUAUGAUUUGUUGUUUCCUAGGUUAGUCUUUUAAUAGCUCAAUGGAUCGAAUUGGCUUUUGUCUUUGUGUCUCCUUAGUUUUUUGUUGUUUGAGAGCUUAUAAAACAAAGGGAGUGCUCCCCACAUUAGUCCGUAA